GACAAUAGUCCCUACGGCUGUCAUGCUGAAGCUCAAGUGGUUGUCUGGGCAACAGCUGAGGCCAGUUUCCACCAAUCCAUGGCAAAGAUAGGUUGGGGGAGGGAGGCAAGGGAGGAAGGAGGGGAACUGCUCCCCACCAAAGGCCAGCAUCCUAUAUAAGGAGCCAGGGCAGUGGGGAAGGGAUCAGUGUGGGGUAUAACCUGCUCUUGGGGUUGGGAGUGAGGACACAAAGAUGCCUGGGACUCAUCACUCCAAGCUUGGGCCCUGGGGCAACUUCUGGGCCACCAUGACCUUACUGGGCCUAGCAGUGCAUGCAGCUCAGAAAGCAUGUGUCUCUGGUGAAGCAGCAGAUACCUCUAUUAACCACUCCUUGACGAUGCUCCAGCGCUUGCAGGAGUUACAACAGCUGGGCAAUGACAGCGACACAGUAUUGCGGGUGCAAGCCACAGGUACAGAUGAAGUCCACAUCUUCCACACUCACCGGCUGCUCCUGGGCCUACAGAGUGAGGUAUUCCAGGGACUGCUGCUCAACCAAAGUGAGGUGACAUUGCAGGAGCCCAGGGACUGUGCUGCCGUCUUUGACAAGUUUAUCAGGUAUCUGUACUGUGGGGAGCUGUCCCUCCUGAUGUCUCAGGCCAUCCCCCUGCACAGAUUGGCCAGCAAAUACGGCGUGACUUCCCUACAACAGGGCAUAGCUGAGUAUAUGAAGUCACACCUCGCGGGAGAGAUGGGGGGUCCCGGUCCAGCUGUGGGUUGGUACCACUACGCAGCACGAACAGGCAACGAAGACCUCAGGGAGAGCUGCCUCCAGUUCCUGGCUUGGAACCUGUCGGCUGUGGUGGGGAGCUCCGAGUGGGGGGAAGUGACUCCCGAGCUCUUGGCCCAGCUGCUAGACCGCUCUGACCUGGUGCUCCAGGAUGAAUUAGAGCUCUUUCAGGCCCUGGAAGUCUGGCUGGGCCGGGCCCGCCCUCCCACCCCUGUGGCUGAGCAGGCACUGAGGGCCAUUCGCUACCCCAUGAUCCCCCCUGCCCAGCUGUUCCAGCUGCAGGCCCAGUCGCCAGCCCUGGCCCGUCAUGGAGAGGCUGUGGGGGAUCUCCUUCUGCAGGCCUACCAGUUCCAUUCGGCUUCUCCUCUCCACUAUGCCAAAUUCUUUGACGUCAAUGGAAGUGCCUUCUUGCCUCGCAACUACCUCUCCCCAGCUUGGGGGGCCCUGUGGGUCAUCAGCAACCCUGCCAGGGAUGACCGAAGCACCAGCUUCCAGACGCAGCUGGGCCCCAGCGGGCACGACGCAGGCAGGCGGGUGACGUGGAAUGUCCUCUUCUCCCCGCGCUGGCUGCCCAUCAGUCUGCGGCCGGUCUAUGCCGACACCGCCGGGGCCGCCCUGCCGGCCGCUCGCCCCGAGGACGGGCGGCCCCGACUGGUCGUGACUCCAGCCAGCAUCAGCGGGGACGCCGCCGGCGUCAGCUUCCAGAAGACAGUCCUGGUCGGGGCUCGACAGCAGGGGCGGCUCUUGAUCCGCCAUGCUUACAGCUUCCAUCAGAGCAGUGAUGAGUCCGGGGACUUCUUGGCGCACACCGAUCUGCAACGGCGCAACUCUGAGUACCUGGUGGAAAACGCCCUUCACCUGCAUCUCAUCGUCAAGCCCAUCUACCACAGCCUCAUUCGGACCCACAAGUAGUGGAAGGAGGGACAGAGGGAAUGAGGGAAGGAAAAAGGGAAGGCCUCCAUGGACUCCCCAGUUUGACAGUCCUGAAUGGCAGUGACCAUAAGCAGCUGAACUUCCUGGAAUGGUGGCCAGACACGUGGCCCAAAGGCCUUUGAUCGGGGCAUUAAAGGCAUCCCCAAGAGA